CUGUGCCUAUUUGUUUAUAAAUUUAUGCAUCUUGUCAUUCAACUAUAUUAUACAUACGUGCAACAUUUAGAUUUGUUCCAAGACAUAAAGGGAGAAAUGUCUAGGUAAACUAUAAUUGUUGCCAAAUAAGCGUUUAAACGUCAGUUUUCAAGUAGUUAAAUAAGGUAUCACAAUUCCUACUUUAUAAUGUUCUAUCUUCAGUUUACAUGCGUAACAUGUAAUAUAGUACUAUUUAUCAUGUUAACGUGGGGUCACGUCGCAUCUAUGUUUAAAGUUAUAUAUAAAGUUAUAUAUACUAUAUAGAAUAUUUUUAUCGAUAUGUAAGAUCUUUAAUUUGUUAUUGUUGCAAUAUUUAUUCUUUAAGGAUAUACUUCUUUAAAUAUAAUUUUCAGUUAGUUACUUAAAUACUGUUACAUUAUUAAAAUCACAUGUAUAUAACACACAAAUCCAGAAUAUAUCAUAGAAAUAAUUUUUAAAAAUCAUUAGUAACACUAUUGAAUUGUCGAAGAAUUUGCAUACUUCUUUAUGAAUUUGCUACAUUAUUUAUACAUUUUAACGUGUAUCAUAAAAUAUUUUAUAGUGCCAAAAGAAUGUUCCAGAAAUUUUUGAAUUUACUGGUAUUAAUAACAAUCAAAUAUUUUUUUCCUGAAUCAUUGUAAACUUUUUUUCUAAUGUCGUGUAGAUUUAAGAGUGCCGAUACUUCAAAUUCAAAUCCAGUAAUAGUUCAAAGAACGGCGUUUGAGCAUGUAAAUGUGUAACUCAUUUUUGUACAUGAAAGUAGAUUUCUCCUUUUAUGUCGCUAAUGCGAUUCAAGAAGCCUACCACUCAUAGAGGUAAACGGGCUAUUUUAAAAAAGGAGCCGAAAUUAAUAGAGGAUGCCAAACAGACUUUGUGUUUCAAAGGGAAGAACACAUCUCAAAUUGUAGUAGAUUUCAUGAAAGAUUUGUAUAAUUUUAAAAAACCUGACGCAAUAUUAAUGCAGAAAAAAAACGAUAUAUUGCCGUUCGAAGAUAUAACGUUUGUCGAAAAAUUUUCUUCUAAAUAUAAUGCAUCUCUUUUUAUGAUAGCUUUACAUAAUAAAAAGCGACCUCAUAAUUUUGUAAUGGGAAGAAUGUACGAACAUACAUUGUUAGAUAUGAUUGAAUUUGGUGUAGAAAAUUACAGAGGUCUAAAGAGUUUUAAAGUUCCACAAAUUUCUGAAGGGAUAAAACCUCUGCUGGUUUUUAACGGUGAACUUUUUGAAAACAAUUCUGAGCUUGUUAGAAUUAAGAAUUUAUUCGUGGAUAUGUUUCAAAGGGAAGUGGUCGAAAACAUUAGGCUACAAGGUCUUGAGCAUGUUUUGAGUUUCACUGCUGUUGAAAAUAAAAUACUUUUACGUAGUUAUAGGAUACUUUUGAAAAAGUCUAACUGUAGGACACCCAGAAUAGAACUGGAAGAAAUAGGUCCAAGAGCAGAUUUAUUAUGUAGGCGCACAAAGCUUGCUUCCGAAGAUCUCUUUAAACGAGCGUGUAAAAAACCAAAAGAGCUCAAGGUAAAAAAGAAGAAGAAUGUUUCCAAGGAUAAUUUUGGAGCUACCUUUGGACGUAUACAUAUUGGAGCACAAAAUAUUAAUAGUAUUCAAACAAGAAAGAUGAAAGGUUUGAAAAAGUCAAUGGCAGAAAAGAAGACUGGUAUUAAAAGGAAAAAUGUUGACAAGAAUAAUGAUAGCAGUUCAGACAAAAUAAGACAUGUUGCUGAUUCAACCGAUUAA